AUGCAGCCGGCUAAGAUUCCGAUUUGGCUGCAAAGCUCACGUAAAGAUAAGGAUUUACAUUCUAUUUUAGCCGAUUUGAAUGCUUUAGAGUCUUAUACGGCCAUUCAGUCGAUCGUACAGACAAUUAGAUUUACUAGUAAAGUCAACUACCGACUGAAAUGUACAAUGGUUAUCUACUUGCACUUGCAACAAGAAGGAUUUCCAGUGGUUUUAGAAGAUAUGGUUAAGUACAGUGGAGUUAGUAAGUUGGCUUUACUCUCCCUAAUUAAUAAGAAUAGGGAUGUUUUGCCGUAUACUUUGUGGCCACAGCUAGAGUAUGUACUCAAUUUACAAAGACGAGUGGCCAAAGCUUUGGAAGUGGCUCAAAUUGAAGUAGUUGAUUGCCAGGAGAAGAUUAAACUACUUUACGACCGAAAAUACUUCUAUACGCAUUCACCUUUACUGGCAUGUGUUUAUUUAUCACUACCCGCUUGUAAUCAGUCGGUUAAGACAAGUACUCCAGCUUACGUUGUAGCUAUGUGCCGCAUGAUUGUCAAACAAGCAACUACUUCACUAGCUAGUGUUAAGAAAGAGAUUGCGCGUAUACUGGAAUUCUUAGGAGAAGGUUUAGUCAGUACCCCAGAUAUAUAUCAGCACCGCCGAGCCGCCAAAGACAAAAAGAUCGCCCAGGCAGUUGCCCUCUACCAAAACCCAGUCCAAGAUCCCAAACCCUAUGCCACCGAUUAUGAAAGUCUCCUGAUUGAAAACCUCGUCAAGAAAGACUUCGCACCCGCCACCAUCGCCAACCUUACCAAAAGCGGCAUGGAGUACUAUGCUGAUUUUAUCACCAAAUAA